AUGGGCUGCCUGCCAUACCACCAGCUCGAGCUGGAGCAGCAGCAGAAGGUGUUCCAGCUGGUUGGCGGCAACACGCAGCUGAUGUGGCUGACCGCGCACAUCAUGGCGGACAGGACGCAUUGGAUCGGCCGCCCCAUCAGCGAGUGGGUGAGCGCAGGCAUGGCGCUGCUCACCCACUGCGCCCUCGCGGUGGUGGAGCGGUGGGCAGAGACGAGGGAGAUGUUCGCAAAGAUCAUGCCGUGGGCGGCCAAGAUGGACCUCAAAGCGAAGCUGACGCCCCACGCCGUCAACAAUGCCGCCCACCAUGCCACCUCCAUUGCGAGCCGGGACUCCCCUGCGGGGGGCGGCGCGGCCAACUCGACCCGGACCUGGAGCUUCGAGGACGAGUUCCCGCUCCUGCGAGGAGAUCCAUGCCGCACACGUGCCUGUGGCUCGCGCCCGACGUGUUCUUCUACAAGGAGGCCGUGA